GUGACGUCACGGCGCCCAGAGCGAGGCUGGGGUAGAGAGGCCGACAGAGCUGGAGUCGUCUGCUGGUCUAGGAGGCUGCUAGGGAGCCAGCGAGAGGGUGAGCGGCGAGCAGACGAGAGAGCGAGAGCGGGCAGGAGGGAGCGUCGCGCGGCGCAGCGUAGCGCCGGGGCCGGGCCGGGCCGCGGCGGAACCACAGCCGGAGAGGAGCAGCCCGAGCCGGGCGCCCGGGGUCCCCACCCCCACUCGGCCGGACAGUGCCCGGUGUUCCCCCGUGCGGGGGGCGCGGCGGCGGCUGACUGGCCCCGACAGGACCGCGGGGGUGUUGCCACCUCCACCGAGGAGCCGGCGCGGCCGCGGGCUCCUCAGAGCCGGGGCCCGGGGCCCGUGACAGACGGCGGGGGAAGGAAGAGAGGCGGCGGCGGCGGCGCAGGCGACGGGGAGGCAGCGGCGACACCAUGUCAUCCCCCAGUCCGGGCAAGCGGCGGAUGGACACGGAUGUGGUCAAGCUCAUUGAGAGUAAGCAUGAGGUUACGAUCCUGGGAGGACUCAAUGAAUUUGUAGUGAAGUUUUAUGGACCACAAGGAACACCUUAUGAAGGCGGAGUAUGGAAAGUUAGAGUGGAUCUUCCUGAUAAAUACCCUUUCAAAUCUCCAUCUAUAGGAUUCAUGAAUAAAAUUUUCCAUCCCAACAUUGAUGAAGCGUCAGGAACUGUGUGUCUAGAUGUAAUUAAUCAAACUUGGACAGCUCUCUAUGAUCUUACCAAUAUAUUUGAGUCCUUCCUGCCCCAGUUGUUGGCCUAUCCCAAUCCCAUAGAUCCUCUCAAUGGUGAUGCUGCAGCCAUGUACCUCCACCGACCAGAAGAAUACAAGCAGAAAAUUAAAGAGUACAUCCAGAAAUACGCCACGGAGGAGGCACUGAAGGAGCAGGAGGAAGGCACCGGUGACAGCUCGUCGGAGAGUUCUAUGUCUGACUUUUCAGAAGACGAGGCCCAGGAUAUGGAGUUGUAGUAGAAAAGGCACCUGCUUUUCAGAAAGACUAUUAUUUCCUAACCAUGAGAAGCAGACUAUAAUAUUCAUAUUUAAACAAAGCAAUUUUUUUUAUUACUAAACAAGGUUUUUAUGAAUAAUAGCAUUGAUAUAUAUAUAUUAUAUAUCACCCCUUAGAUCUUGAUUUCUUGGUCAUUUCUCAACCUGAGGUGCAUAGCAUAUUCCCACAUUCCAUUUUGGUAGCAAUAUGCGGUCUGGAUGCAUGCAUUCAUAAGUCCAUUUGGCCAAGUCAGCCUGUGUGCUACUAACUGUCAAAAGAAAUAGCCGCUCUGAUAGGUAGACAAGUAAAAAUAACAGGAAAAAGUUGCUUCUUUUAUUGAUGGUUCCAAAGAAACAAACCAAACCAACCAGCUCUUGGAUGUGAAGAUAGAAUAGUGCUUUUUCAAAACGGAAGGAGGAAACUGGGAGGCAAAGGCCUGCUGUGGGAGCGUGUAGAGCCAGCACGUCACGGAGCUGCUCCCUCCUGUGAUCCGACCUAGGUGGCCUCGUUUCUGUGGAGUAACAGUGUAAACAGGGAGCUGAUUGGAGUGUUGAAACUUAAAACAAUUUUUGACUUGGAUUUUAAGUACAUUUUUACAUGUAGAUUCCUGCCCUUCUGGCUACUCGGCCCUGCAGCCACGAGUGUAUUCCUUUGGAGAACCUGUGGGAAGUGUUUUCUGAACUUGAUUCUUUCUAUGGUAGAGCUUGCAAUCCAGACCUUUUUUGAGAGGACAGGCCAGGAAGAGAAAAGUGACUGGGAAGAUGAGUCCUCUCCAGCACGUGCAGUCACAUCCUCAUGCGAUUGGCCACUUUGAGACGCUCCCCUGGCUGAGAGCUUUAAAUCGGAGGGUGGCUGUGGGUUCUUUGAUUGGGGUUUGGGUUUGGGUUUUGGUGUGUGUGUGACUUGUGCUUAGGUUACAGAUUUAAUCUUCACCUGCCAAGAGAGGGCCUCCUCCUCGAUAGCCGCUCGGUGGACCCUUAGACUCGGGAGGAAGACCCUUCUGGUGGCUGCGACUCCUGGGUUCUCCUCCACGUUUUGGUUUUUGUUUUGGUUUUGGUUUUCCUGCUGCUGCUGCUGCUGCUGCUCUUGGCAGCGGCCUGGUCAUCAUCUGCUUGUGGGAGUGGGAAAUGGGUAGUUUAGACCCAACACGUAUUCUAAAUUUCAAAUGAGUAAUAAUUGGAACAAAUAAAGUAUCUUGUACCCAAAGUGACUGUACAUGGGGAAAACACAGCUUUUUUCAGAGUGUGACUGAAUAGAGGAGAGGAUCAAAAAUGUGCCGUAGUAGUGAAACAGGUGAGAAGGAAGAAGUCCCCUCCCCUGUGUAUGUUAAGAGGAAAUCAGACUGUUUACAGCGCCUGCUAAUGAAAUAUGUACUCAGCUAACCAUAUGUCCAGGUUGCCAGCAGUUUCUCUCAGAUCUGAGUGUUGCCUGCUGGAUUUGGAGAACUCUAGACAGCACCUCUGUAUUCGUUUUGUGUCGCAACCAGUAGGACAAGAACAGAAAUAGCCAAUUCUAAAACUUUCUAAAGACAAUUUUUGAAUGUCCCACUGGGAUAAUUUAAUUUUUCUUUCUGGUGUGUGUUUUUAGUUUAGAAGUGCUAUAUUCCACAAGAUUUGAGUCAAUGAGGUUGGAAGAUAUCCUAUCUUUUUUAGUCAAAAAGCACAAUCAAUCUUUUCUUUGAAAAUCUAUAUAAAGUACAACUUGCUUUUAGCAUGAUUAUUUUCCUAAAUAAAAAAAAGACAAAGAAUUUACUUAUUUUAUGUUAAUUACGGGCAUGAAGCAAAAGGUUUUCUUUACAAAAAUUAAAAGUGCAGUUACGUAGGGCUGUGGUUAGUUAACCGUACUGAGUUGCCGAUCUAGCAUUUGUGGCUUUGUUGGAAGGGUAGUGUUAACUUUUUAACAUGUAACGGUGUACUUAACUCUUAUCUAGCACGUUGUCUUCUCAUUGCUUUGGGGGAGGGAGGGUCUGCUGGCACUGUCUAACUUGCUUACCUGCUGAAUUAGCAGUUUGCUUGUGCUAUAACCGUUAUUGUAGGUGCGACUUAGGGUAGGCUUAAAGUGCUGGGUGGUGAUUUGAGUUCAAACAAUAAAAAAUUGUAUUUUUUCAA